AUGCAGGAUGAGGCGGCACGCUUGAGUCGGUCAGAUACCCUGAAGUCUUCCACCGGUGAACAGCACGAUUGGGCGUACAACCGCUCCCCGCUGCAAAAGCUCGAGGUUGCCCUGGGCGGGAUCAGUAAAGAGGAGAAACGGGCUCGCGCAUUGGAAGCCGAAAGAAAACUGAGAGAACGGAUGGCUGCAGCAUCUGCGAAGGCUGCAGCCGCUCCGGCUCCAGAGUCUCCAAGAACCAAGCCCGAAUUAGCUGCCCAACAACCUGCGCAUGAAAGUGAGGUUCCAGUUCGGCGACCUUCACGGAAAGUACAGAGUCCGCAGGGAAGCAGAGGCUAUGAAAGGCAGGAGAACAUCACUCCGCACCAAGAACCAGACUUUACCAGGCCUUCAACUUCACGAGUGAGGGCGCCCUCGAUCCAUGGAACUGAAACGCUUCCACUAUCGGAGUCUCACGGUGCAACAAACAAGCCUGCAGUCGUGCGGCAGGUAAAAGGAGGCAACACUGCUAGACGCUCAGUUUCAGUCACUCAUCAGCCGGAGGAGCUGCGUAUGAUUUCACGCGAAUCAAGUCAAGCACGCCCUCAAAGUAGCCGUGCUAUACCUCAGGCCCCAACAACACAUCAACUCUCCAAAAAUAUUACAACCCAAGCUCGACCAGUGACAAAUGGCCAACAAUACUCUAAUACCAAAAUGGGUGCUGCCCCUCUUGUUAAUUCUAGGCCAGAACCGGCCGCCCAGAAUGGGCGCCUUGAGGAUUCGCAGGCUGCCAUUAAUCCCCUCGAGAGAAUACCAGCGCCUCAUGAGUUAGGGAAUGGAGCAGAGCCCAUAGUACCUGGAAGCGAUGAGAACAUGCAGCGCCCACAGACCAAGUCGAAACGCCAUACCGUCUCAUUCAAUGUGCCGCCGCCAACACCCCCUCCGCUCUCGGAAUGGAAGACUGCGCCAACCGUGAGACUUAGUCCCUCCGACUUUGAAUUACAACCCUCGGACGUGGACAGGAAUAAGGCGUGGUGGGAAGCGGGGUCUCGCGACCGCCGGCAAAGCAGAGCACUUCCAAAGGACUACCAGAAGCCUCCAGUGCAGAAACCAAAAUCCCACAAGCGCUUCCAACCGCUAAUCUUUUUGAAAUGUGGACCUCUGCUUCGAUAUGCAGGAAUAAAACGCGUGACAAUAGACGGUCCAAACGGUCCUGUAUACAAAGAGACCUGGAGAGGUACUAUCUUGAUCGUAACGAAAGACUCCAUUUCCUCGUACGAGCCUGUACCUACGCUAAGGCUAUUUUCUCAGCCGAUGGAUCUUCUUCCACCGCCGCCUGUUCAGAUAAACAGCGAGGGAGUUCAGUUAGCACCAGAGUACAUCGAUCCAACAGCAGGUCUGGUGAAGCUUGGGAGGGAUGGUCGCCCUCUCUAUGUCAAGCCUGUUGACCAUACAGAGGAGCAACUCGACCUCUCCUCAGUCGAGAAUGACGACGGAAUUUAUGAGAUGUCUCCAAGUGCUAUUGACUAUGGGUUCAAGCAGCCGAUACCUGCAAACAGGGUUCAUUCAUUAGACGGAGAAACGGUCGGGAUAUACAAAGAGAUCCCAGGUUUUCGUCUCUAUGCCGACCCUGGCAGGGAUGUUACGUUCUGGAGAUUUAACAUCGAGGUUGAACUGGGCAAAAAGCAACAACGUAUUGCAUAUCGUCUGAACCAAGGCCCUGCUAUUGGAUUUUGGGUUCCAGCCCAGGGCCAGGCAAUGAACGUGAUGUACCAUUCCGGCAAUGGUUUCACCCCUGGGGUAGACUCCAACAAAUUUUGCGGUCCAGAUCCCCUGUGGCGAGACGUCCUUAAUGAGCACCAGACUCGUCCAUUCCAUGUAAUGAUUGGUGGUGGAGACCAGAUAUUCAACGACAGAGUCACUGCGGACUCACUCCAUUUCCAGGAAUGGCUAAAGAUUAAAGAUGCCAGCGAAAGAUACGAAACUCCUCUCAACCCUGAGUUUAAGAACGAACUAGAGAACGGAUAUCUGGAAAAUUACUCAAGGUGGUUUUCUCAGGGUCUAUUCUCCCUCGCUAACUCCCAAAUACCAAUGGUGAACAUCUGGAAUGACCAUGAGAUUCUUGAAGGGUUUGGCUCGUACUCAGACGAGUUCAUGAGCUCGACUGUGAUUUCCGGUCUUGGCAAUCUCGCGUUCAAGUACUAUAUGUUAUUCCAGCAUCAUAGUGUGCCGGAAGAGACCGAGGCCAAUGAGCCCAGUUGGAUCUUGGGGGCUGAGCCGGGACCAUACAUCAACCAACGCAGCCGCCAUUUGUUCAUGUCCCUUGGUGAUGGAAUAUCUCUCUUAGGGCUUGACUGCAGGACUGAGCGAAUGUCCGAUGAGAUUAUAAGCGAGCAGACAUCAGAUCUCAUCUGGGAUCGAUGUCACCGCGAAAUUGUCAGGGGCGAAAGGCUGCUCGGCGGACUGGUUAACAGACAUGGUGCCAAAGUUGAAAUAUUCGAUGAUCAUUGGACAGCAAAGCAGCUCAAAUCGGAGAGGAAGUACCUUAUAGAGGACCUUCAGGAUCUUGCUGCUGAGAAAUCCGUCCGUGUCACUAUUCUUAGCGGCGAUGUCCAUCUAGCUGCAGUCGGGCAGUUCUAUUCAAACCCUGAUCUCAACACACCCAAGGAUAAGGACUACCGAUACAUGCCCAACAUCAUUUCGUCAGGGAUCGCAGACGCCCCUACGACUGAAAUGAUAUCUGAUACGCUCAAUCGACGGAACCAGGUGCACCACAUGGACAGUAAUACCGACGAAGAUAUGAUUCCGAUCUUCACGCAUGAUGUCAAUAAUAAACCGCGCAAUAACAAGCGCCUGCUACCACGACGAAAUUGGUGUUCUAUUCGCCUAUAUGAGCCUGGCACUACACCACCCGAUACCCCAGAGCCGGAGUCCCCAGCUCCUGCUAUCGAGCCACGGCCGAAUGCGCUACAAAGAACUUUGUCAUUGACUCGCGGAGACAGACCCCAGGGCCUUUUAAGACGACUCUCCGGCAAAGGCCGCCCGCCAACAAAAGAGAUCAGCCUCAGCCGCCCUCCUCCUGAACGGCGAAUGAGCAUGGACGGGCCGUUCCCUCCAGCAGGAACAGGGGAUUCCUACUUCCCGGUACCAGCAGAUUUCCGCCCUGGUCCGUUCCUCCGACGACCAACGAACCUGAGCCAAAAAUCUGCCAAGAAAGCGACCAAACGAGGAGAUGACGGCGUAGGCACAUUCGUCAACCUAGAAGGCGGGUUGGCUGUCACGCUCAAUCUGGAACUCAACCCUAAAGACCCGUCUGGUAUCACGGUACCGUAUAAGCUCCUCAUUCCCGCACUAUGGUUCGAAGGGACAGAGUACGACCCUCCCGCAGCACCAGUUACCAAGGGUUGGCGCAAAUGGCUAGGUGUUCGGCGGAACGCCUCGAGGAAAGCUUCCGGGGAUGAUUACGAAGCAGAAGAAGGGUUUAGCGACGAGGAGGACGAACACAAAGCUCCACCGUCCAAGGAAGAACAUCCUCAAAGUCACUCUAUGACUGUGGGAGCUAGGCCUGCACCGACACCCGCGCCCGCACCUCGACACUAUGAGGAGUACGACGAUGAUGAGGAUGAGUCGGAAUUAUUCCUCGAGCCGGAGCCGAAAACCAGGCCCAAUGUGAAGCGCAGCACAAGCAUAAAGAAGUGGUUUGGGCGUUCAUAA